UAAAAAUUGAAAUGGAGAAAUCUUCCACAAUUGUGAAGGAUCUUAUCAAAGUGAAGGCUGCUUUGAGAAAGAGCUUAAGGAAAGAUAGAAAAGAGUUCUAUACUGAUGACACAAGAGAACUCUUUAUAAACCAAGACACAGGAUAUUACUCUACACAAUACAGCAAGGCUAUUAUAGAUCUUGUGAACAAGCAUUUUGAUCAGGAUGAGAUCACCGUUGCAGGUUUCUGGCCGAUCAGAAGUAACAGAGAGGUUGAAUGUGAUUACCUCCUGAGAGAUUUACACCUAUACUCUGAAAAGAAUUCACUGGGUAAGAGCUUUAAAUUUUGCCUCCCUGUAGUUGUUUCCCACGGAACUCCGCUUAUUUUCAGAGAGUGGACGCCAGAGACAGUGCUUGAGGAUGCAUCCUUUAAGACUAAGAUACCGCCAGUGGACUGCCCUGAGCUCAUUCCAGACUGCAUCAUUUGUCCAUUGCUAGGAUUCACUCCUGCAGGGGAUAGAAUAGGAUACGGAGGAGGAUUUUAUGACAGAACAAUCACAAAAAUUCUCAAAAGUGCAGAUAAGCUACUCACUGUUGGAGUAGCUUUUGAGGUAAUGAAAUGCACAGAGAUCCCUCAUGAUACAGAUGAUGCCAAGCUAGAUUAUGUAGUUACUGAAAAGUCAGUCUAUGAUUGAGCUAAUGAUUUGAUUCAAUAAAAAUUAGACACAA